AUGGCGGCGUUUAAACCGUACAAGUUCGUCUUUUUUGACAAAAACGUAAAAAAUAGUAACUUGUACAAGCAGAUAAUUGCACACCUGGAUUUGUCAAUUCUUUGUAAAGAAAUUUAUGUAAGUGAAAAGUUUUGCCAUUUCAAAUACGAACAUGUGAGUAGGAACAAAUUGGUGUACUUUUCAGAUCACAACUUGGUCGACAAAUUGAAAUGCCCUCCGCGUGACCGCAACAUCGGGGAGCACCUUCUACAGCUCACCUCCAGAGGGACGCAGCAUGCUCAUGACCGCACAGAUGAGGAAGACAAAUUUGAAGCGAAAAAAUUGCAUAGCGACACGGUGAAAGAGAAACCAACUGGAAUUCCCAACAACGAACUGCGUAAAAAUGAUGAAGAGGAUAUGCCCCCCCUCGUAAGUUUCUUUACGUAUGAUGAAAAAGAAAAAGACGAAUUUUUUAACACAUUAAAUUUGAACAGGAAAUACGAGGUGGACCACAUAAACAUUUUGUGCUUGAGCAAUUGCGACUCCAUUGUUGAUGCGCUUAGGCGGCAGCCAGGCAAACGGAGAAUUUCGAUCUUCUGCCCAUUUUACGUAAUUCAUGAUUAUGGCGGUGAUAGCGGCGAUAGAGGUGCUCUUCUCCAUAGCGCCUGGGGCAACUUCGGAGGGAAGAACGUCCCAAAAAGGCUUUCCGAAUUUUUAUACACCAUCGCUAGCGACUUUCUUCCCAUGAGUUACAAGUACAUUCUUAUGUCCGACCUCGUCCGAGCGAUUAUUGUAAAUUCGGAAUUGUGUCAAAACCGCGGGGAGGAAAACGUGGAGGUGUUGGAAUUCAUGGACAUGAUGCAGAUCAUAGGGAAGACCGUAUAA